GUCAAAUGUGCCAAUGUUGCUCGAGCUCGACAUUCCAGCCAGUGUCGAGACUCUCGUGGACGUCCCGGAGGCGCUCCCAUCCCUCACCAAGCUCACAAUCUCCACCCAUAAACCCCACAAUAUCUUGACCCAACUCCCAAGCAUGCCAAACCUCAUUCAUCUCGUUCUCUCAACUCAAUUUGUGCGCCUGGCCGAUCUGCGUGUCAGUCAAAGCUCCCUCAAAGUCCUCGACUUGCAAGCUUGCUGCGAAUUGGAGUCGCUGGAUGGCAUUCCCUCGUAUCCCAAGCUCGAGAUUCUUUACGUCCCUCGAUCGAUACAGAGAGUCAGCGGACUCGUCGACAGGCUUCCCUCUCUCAAGACACUGCACUUGGAUUCAAGUAUAAGGCCAUCACAUCAUUCCCUGUUGGAUGGCAUGUUUGGCCGAUAUGCUAACUCUUUCAGACUUAGAAAGGUGAUUUCCGGGCUUCCGAAGGGAUGUCGAGUUGUGUUCAGCGAUUCGUUCGAGUACACUUUUGGCCGAUUCUCGAGGUAGCUCGGCAUGGAGUUGCUCAGUGUCAUG